UCUAACUAUUCUUGCCUAUAAAAUCUCAUCAUCUGCCUUUUUUUGCUAGUAUGUAUUUAUCUCCCAAAGUUUCAACACAUUUUGCCGCUUUUCUUCAAUGCUCUUAGCCCAUGAUAGUGACGGGCGUGAGACAGAGAUUUCGGAACUUAUUACACCCUAGAACAUAACUUGAUAGAGAGAUUUCUUCUGUUGAACUGCCAUACUUUCUGCUGUUUGACCUUGUCAAACUGUAAUUUGGCGUUUCUUGUGUAGAUUUCCUCCAAAGUUGAUAUAUGACUUCCUAAUUAUUCUAGUAUUCUAAUUGGCUGGAUUGCACAGACCCCUGUACAGACUUUUGGGCGGCACGAGUACUACAGCACGUAAGCACUUGAUAUCAAAUAGCGGCAGCCACGGCUGGCCUUGCGGCGAGGGUGAAGAGACUCCACUGCGCCGAGGAUCUGUAAAGUAAGACUGAGGGAAGGGGAGAGAAGCAUCUUACUGCAUCUCUAUGCGCCUUCUUUCCUGUUCCCAAUGAAGAAUCCUGGCGGGUUUCCAGCCUGUUUCAGCUUUGCAGUGGCGACUGUGAGAUCGACGCGCCAACCAAGCCCCGACUCCACCCCAGACUUGCAACACUUACCGUCGUCCUGCUCCGUACCUUUGACCCAUCUACAACUCCACUUCCAAGCCUCAUUCUUCUCAGCUUGUUCUGUUAUUUUUGUCCCAUUAUCAACACUCUCUCUUAUACCCCGUUUUGUUCUUGUUUGUGAACGACUUCAUGACCUGCAAUCUAUCUCAUUUACCCUCUUAUUAUCAACAGCCGCCUGUCGCUUAUCCAACGCACGUAUCCGAACCAUCCACCCCCCUUACGAAACGAUUCACAUCGAGAGACACAAGAGGGUCCAAUACGCCAUCAAGGCGACACCUUCUCUAUAUCAUUGCCGCUGUCGCCCUAGAGGCUGAGGCAGGGCCAUAAUGGCGUACAACAACUCACAGCCAUACCACAGCGGCGGCGCACAAAACCAGCCCUAUUACAACAGCUACGACGACGACCGCGAACUCCCAAGACUACCCUCAUAUUCACCGCAGCCGGGCCAACCCAUAGUACCACAACCCUCGAGUUCACCCUUCGUCGGCCCCUUCGACGACCACGUAUACCCUGCGAGCAACAAGGGAAGCAGCCCGAGCCUGGCGGGAAACUCGCCAUACUACGGACAAGGAGAGGCGACGCCGGGAACCUCCAACGACUUCAUACCCCUACAAGACCAACCGAGGCAAAAGACCCUACCAAUGCGCCACCAGUAUCCCUCGCAAGACCAUAUAUACGAUGCGGGACCCCCAGAGGACCCGCCGAAGCCGAGACGCAGAGGGUUGGGCAUGUUCAAGGGCGAGCCGGGCGUAAGGACGGCGUGGGUGGUUUGGUUCUUUACCACCAUCCAGGUUGCCGUCUUCAUUGCUGAGCUUGUCAAGUCUGGCCAGCUCACCGGUCUUCCCAUCCAGGUCAAGCCAUCGUUCAACCCCAUGAUCGGCCCCUCCCCAUACGUCCUCAUCAGCAUGGGCACCCGCUACACACCGUGCAUGCGCCGCAUGGACGCGAUCCAGAACACCACCGAGAUUACCUGGCCCUGCCCCUACUCCACGUCGACCAACCCCGACGCUGCCGAGAACGCCUGCACGCUCUCCCAGGCAUGCGGCUUCGGCGGUGUUCCCGAGCCAGCCUACGAAAAGGGCCAGGCCGCGCCCAACCAGUGGUUCCGCUUCAUUACCCCAAUGUUCCUGCACGCGGGACUCAUCCAUAUCGGUUUCAACUUGCUCCUCCAGGUCACCAUUGGCCGAGAGAUGGAGCAGUCCAUCGGCCAUAUCCGCUUCGCCCUCAUGUAUCUCUCCUCGGGGAUCUUCGGCUUCGUCCUCGGUGGUAAUUUUGCCGCCUCAGGAAUCUCCUCCACCGGCGCCUCUGGGUCCCUCUUUGGCAUCAUAGCCCUCAUGCUCCUUGAGCUCCUCUACACGUGGUCCGAGCGCCCCAACCCCUGGAGAGAUCUUGCUUUCGUCUGUCUCGACAUCGUCAUCUCCUUCGUUCUCGGACUCCUCCCCGGACUGGACAACUUCUCCCACAUUGGCGGGUUCCUGAUGGGCCUCGCCAUUGGCAUCUGCAUUCUUCACUCCCCCACCUCCCUGACCCGCAAGGUUGGCGCCGAGCCGCCGUACGAGACUGUUGGCAAGCGCGGGACUGGACCUAGUGAGGUGUCGCGCUUUGUGAAGGCACCGCUUGGGUUCUUUAAGGCGCGCAAGCCGUUGUGGUGGGUGUGGUGGCUCAUUCGCGCUGCGGCGCUGAUCCUCAUUCUGGUGCUGUUCAUUGUGCUCCUUAACAACUUCUAUAAGUACCAGAAGGAGUGCUCAUGGUGCAAGUACCUGAGUUGUCUACCCGUGAAGGACUGGUGCGAACAGGGCGAGCUCAACUUCCAGAGUAAGGCCCAGCCUAUGACGACACUGUUAUCGAGAUCAAUGCCAACGGCGGCGCCUUGAUGAAGUGGUGAUUGACAAGAUGUCCACGGUGCAUCGUCAUGUAGGCGACGGGCGAUUUGACGAUUACCAGGGGGAGUUCGAACAGGGGUGUCACCUUCCCACCAUAUUACAUAGCUGCGGAGAGGAGGGAAAGCAUAGGGACGGCGUUGCGUUACCAGGCUUUCCGUGCCCAUGGCUAAAUUAAUUCCAUACCCUGGUGGCAUUUUGCUUCUCAUGUAGUGUACAGCUAAGCAAACACGGGUCGCUGGAUUUCAAGUAGAGACAGACAGGCCGGUGGGGAAUAGACUCGGCCCCACCUCACGAAACAACGUAAUUUUUGUACUGUAUCUCCAUGAUCUUGUCCCGUCUAGUUUUGUGGGCCUCGAUAUGUGACAUCCUGUUCAUCAUAUCCGCUGCAUCGAUAUAUCCCACCCCAUGAUAUCUACGAGUAAUCAAACCCCCUACCGCAUCCAUCCAAGCCGUCAAAACUCCCCCUUACCCCCAACCAGCCCCGCUCAAAAACA